AUGUGGGAUAUCAAAUUUAUAAAUCAUCAUUUACAAUUAGAUAAGUCUAGCUAUCAAGUAGAUACAAGUUCAACAAAUUCCAAGGAUAUAAUUGCAUGUGAAUUGAAAUUGUUGAUAUCUGAAAAUGCACAAAUUGUAUACUUAAUGCAGGAGGCACACCAUAUGGACGAUUACAAUAAAGAGCGAAGAAAAGAGGCAUCUGUAGAUGAUUAUUUUAUAUUCAUAAUAACAAAAGACUGUAGUAGUAUCAAAAUUUUAAAUAAUUCUGGAAUUGUUGACAAGAAUAACUGGAAUGAUUAUUUCGGCUUUUUUUCUGUUAGGGCUUACAUGUAUGCUGAAGAUGUUCUGGAUCUCAAUCCUGCAAGUCGCGUACAAUUACAGAUCAUAGAUCAAAUCGGUGAAAGAAAAGCGAAUAUGAUUUUAGAAGAGAGGAAUAAAAGAAAAUUCAAGGAUUUAUCUGAUGCAGAAAAGAGGCUCCCAAGCAUAAAGAAACAAUUAACACAUUUUAAAGUCAGUUCCUUGGUAAUGUAA